AUGGGGAAAGUAUUACUGGUAGGUGCAUUGGUGGUUAUGGCAUGGCACGUCACGAAAUCGUCGCCGGUUUGUCGAUCCUGCACCAAACACUGCUACCAAAACGCCACUGGCACGAACAGCACGGAUUCGAUGAACCUGCUCGAGGAUGUGCAACAAAUGAAUCAUCGACGAAAGCGAGAAGCUGAGGUGGAGUUCCGGGCAUGCAGCCGAUUCCAAGUGGAGAUGUUGCUCAUUCCGCUCUCCAUUGCUAUGAUUCCGAUCAUACUUUGCGCACUUAUCAUGUGUACUUGCUGCUGUGGGCCGAAAGAUUCUCGAGGAAAACUGCCCGAAGACUUCCUUUCUUCGUUUCCAAUGUCCAAGAAAAGAAGUCAAAUGAACUCAGAAGAUAUGGAAUUGGAGUUUCGUGAUGGGUACGUGCAACGAAAAGAUUCUGCUCGAACCAAGUUUUCCACGGUCGUUUCCUACAUCGAGGCUCGACGGGAAAGCCAGUUUUCGGAGCGAACGGACGGCGAUCCAUCGACGAGUAGCGAUGCAAAAGAAGGUAAAGAGCAACCGAAGCCCGACGAUGAUGCACCUGUUACCAGCGGUGAGCCACUGCGGAAAACAUCAUCCAUCGACUCGGCCAAACGGACGCGAUUCAGCGAAACUGUUUCUGUGAUCAGUGCCGAGUCGUUGUGCAGG